AUGGCCGUCAGGUCUAAAGGCUAUCGACCUGUCUCCGGCUCUAUACACAUUGGUGAGUCGUCCUCGUCGUCCUCCUCGUCGUCAAGUGAAGAUGAUGGUAAGCGAGACGUGACACGCACGCGGAAGAUUAAUAGAAUCAUGGGGGAUACGAUAAUGGAAGAGGAAGAAGAUCGGGAGGUUUCUAAAGCGAGGAGCCCUUACUCGUCAAGAUUUUCCUGGCCAUCUAACCGACAGUUCAUCUCGGCUGGGAUUGGGCUAGUUGCGGGAAGCAUCGCUGCGCUACUUCCCCUUGGUUUCCCCUCUGCUGACGCUGCCGCCCAGCGAUGUCUGGGGAUCUUGGUCGCUGCGGCCAUCUGGUGGGUUCUCGAGCCCUGGCCGCCGUAUGUCACUUCCCUUCAUUUGGGGCUGCUUAUUGUUAUUUCUCGCGUCAUGCGGGUUCCAGAUCCAUCGUCAAUGGCGUUGGUUCCUGCCAGGAUUGUUGGGAGUGAAAUCGGAGAAUCCGAAGCUUUACCCCCGUCCGCCGCUGCAAUACUGGUGUCUGCAGCUUUCUUCGACCCGGUUAUAUUUCUAUUCAUUUCCGGCUUCGCUAUGGGUCAGGCAUUGGAGAAGUUUCAUAUAACGGAAAGGCUCGCGACCAGAUUGCUUUCGAGAGUGUCGACUGGUGGUGAUCGUCUUGCCAUUGUUAUAUUGCUAUUGGGACUGUUAGUCUCGGGAGCACUAUCGAAUGUGGCAGCAGCAGUUUUAUUAACAGCGGUGGUAGCGCCCGUAGCAAGAGAGUUGACGGAUUCUGAAUCGAAGAGAGCUAUAUUGGGAGUGGCAUUUGGUUGCAACGUCGGUGGCAUGAUCACGCCGAUCGCCUCCCCUCAGAACGUUAUUGCUCUCGUGGCUCUGCGUUCGAAUGGCGGCUCUGAUCUGUCGUUUAUGCAAUGGAUCAUUUUCGCUCUCCCUGUUUGCGCAAUCGCAGCUGCGUCAGUUUUCGUGGUGUUGAAAUUUAUGUAUAACGGAAGGCGGAGCGAUGCGAAAAUGGUGGAGAUGACUGAGAGGCGACGAAAUUCUAGUGAGGGUAUAGUAGCAAUAACCGUGUUUUUGUGGAUGAUAUUCGAUAUAGUGGGACUUGACGGUGUAUUUGGAAGUAUGGGAAUGGUCGGGCUGAUGGCUGUCGUAGCUCUACAUAGUCUGGGCAUUUUAACGACGGAAGAUUGGCAUGGCAUGCAGUGGUCCGUCCUGACGCUACUUGGUGGAGGUGUAGCUCUCGGCAACGCAGUGGAGAGUUCGGGCCUUUUGCGUAUUAUAGCUGAUGAAAUAUCAAAGUCUUUGGAAGGAUCAAGUGUCUGGGCGAGCGCGGUUUGCUUCUUCCUCUGCACGGGUUUGGUCGCCAACUUCCUCUCCUCGACAGUGUGUGCCAUUGUGGCCUUGCCUGUUGUUGCUAAGGUUGGCGCUGUUGUUGGACAUCCACGCUUGUUUACGGUUGGGUGUGCGUUUAUGACGUCAGCAGCGAUGGGUCUGCCUGUGAGCUCGUUCCCUAAUGCAAACGCCGCAGGAGUGGUCAAUCUGUCGCUGCCUGGAGCGCCAACUACCCCAAUACUACAGUCAAGAGACUUUGUAAAGUCAGUCAUCAUAAGCACUGUGGGGUAUGCAUGGGCUAUGUUCCUCGGCUGGUACCACAAAACUUGUCCCCUUUUUCCUAUCGUUCUUGCUGUAAAUAUAACAACCUCAUCUAAAGGCUCUGAGUUUAUUGCCAAUGUCAGUCGCUGA